UACACAUGGCACAAUCAUUUUUAAGACCAUAAGCAAUUACUGUUAAAGAAAAGCUCACGUUUUCCUAUAAGUAUAUUUGUAUGCAUCAUUCCAAAUGUUUCAACGUUGAAACGCUUGAAAUUUAUAUUUCGAUUUUUGCCCUUUCUAAAUCAUUAAGUAUACACGGUGUUCUGCUUUACAGUACUGACUGUAGCUCCUGACUUACUUGUUUCUGGAGGUAAUAUUUAAUGCACCCAAACACUUAAAUAACCUAAAAUAACAUGUGAUAUUGUUUUCACAGAGACCCCAAGUGAAUGUUUUAUGUUUACAUGCACAAAGAUCUGUGUUAAUAGUCGGUCUCUUUCAGAGAAUAUGAUUACUUGCUAUGGCGAUGUCCAACACUUGCUGUGUAACACUGGACUGAUUAUAGUGAAGUCUUCUGUGUAUGGCCGAACGGACAGCAGCACUUGUAGUAUUGGUCGGCCUAAUUCGCAGGUUGCUAAUACCAACUGUUAUUCGCUGAUUUCUACAAUUGCUGAUAGAUGCAAUGGACUGAGAGAGUGUGAGUUAAAGACGGAUGUACUUGGCAACCCUGACCCAUGUUAUGGAACUUACAAGUACUACAACACAAGUUAUGAUUGUAUCAAUGCCAAGCUUGUUGUGAUCUGCGAGCAGGGCUACAGCACACUGGAUUGUGGAGCUGAUUCUAUUAAGAUCAUAAAUGCAAACUUUGGGUGUGCUGACUCCAGAACCUGUUCAGCUGGACUCACCAACAAUUUGAUCCAGAAUACCAACUGUUACGCUCCAAACACACCCUCAAUUGUGGCCGCACUGUGUAAUGGAAUGAAAACAUGCACUUUACAAGCUUCAAGCACCAUCUUUACAGAUCCUUGUACUAAAACUGUUGAAUACCUCACUGUGUCCUACAUCUGCACUAAGGAACUUGUGGCCUGUGAAGGCAGUACUGCGUCACUGAACUGUGGUGCCAGCAAUAUAAAGAUUAUCAGUGCUAACUACGGCCGAACCAAUUCCACCACAUGUUCCUCAGGACGACCUUCCAGUCAACUCUCCAACACAAACUGCUUCACGGCUGACACAGUAACUAAAGUUGCAGCUAGGUAAUGGAAGUAAUUGAAGUGUAAAUCUAUUCCACCAUCACAUUGUCUGUCUCUGACCCCUGUCCUAACAUCUAUAAGUACCUGAAAAUUGUGUACGUCUGUGUCUGAUUUUUCUGCCAAACUGUGUAUUCAAUAAUUGUGUUAAUGCAGAUCCCCACACACAUAUGGGUAAUAGAAUACUGUACUUAUUAAUCUCCAAAAGUGCAUGUCACAGUGAAGUAGUACACAGACAUAAUGAAAUUCAUAAAAAGUUCCCAACUACAAAAAUCCCUAUAUAGUGUUCAUUUUUCCUCAAAAUAUGACUAAAAUAUAACUUAAAAUUAAAUAGUCUGAACUUUUAUAUCACAUUGUUUUUUACAAUAUAUUUAUAUCUGAAUUUCUACACAUCUUGAAGACAGUGCAUAUAACAGGAAAAGUAUUUUAUGUGCUGUUCUCUUUUUAUUUGUUCUUUUUACUACUGAUAGAAUGACUUCCAGCUUUCCACCCAGUGGCCAGAAAAGGGAUCACAAAGUUUUACCUACAAAGCCAUACAGAUGUUACAGUGCAAGAGCUUUGUUUUUAAUGUACUUAACACUGGCAGGUUAAAUCAUUU